GGGGAUAUGAGAAGGAAAGCCAUGUUCACGGUGGGGAAGAAGAGGAACAAAGGCGUGGCGUCGCAGACUAGCAGGAGGCCUUUCCAGCAUAUGGCUCUGAGGAGGCUCAGGAAGCUGAAGAAGAUCGUCCCUGACGCCCACGACGCCGAUGUGGACGUGUUGCUCCGGCAGACGGCCGACUACAUCUGCAUCCUCGAGCUCAAGCUGACUGUCUUGCGGAGGGUCUCAGCCAUCUACGGGGUGUGAUUUGGUAGGAUCACCUUCGUUGUUGCCGCGCUGGCACCUUCGUCGUACGUGCUCCACUGCGACGUCCACGCAGGAUUUGAGGUUUUGAGCUCAAAAUCUGUUGCGGUUGUACAUUCACCAAGGGGAGGAGGGGAGAAUAUUUCUUGCCGGCUCAUGUCUUGAUGAUUGUGCCCCUCAUCAGUAGUAUGUUUGUGGCUCCUAUGUGAAUGGUACAUAUGGGAGUUAGUUUGGAUCCAAUAUGUGUGGUGCAUAUGGCAGUUAGUUUGCAGGUGAACCCAAGCCAUUGUCAUGGUCAGUGGUGUUUACCCUGUUGGCUUGAAAAACAAGGAUCCCCACUGGAUUUUGGUUUUAGUCAGUUUAUGGAGUUGUUCCUGUUCAGCUUUCCUUUUAAAGAUCCCAUGAAUGAACUAGUUAUUGCUCAACUAAUAGAUUAUUUGGC